CGUGUAACAGCCUGAUCGAAGGAACUGCCGAACUUUUCCCUCACACUGUACCCAGAAUCACAUUUGAAGGUCCCACAUCAUCCCUCUCACAACAAACAACCCAACCAAACAAGCAUGGCCCCCCUCGACGACACCACACCCGAAACCCGCUUCUCCAGCUUCACCACCCACCGCACAACCUACAAAAACCUCAACACCCACGCCAUCGCCGUCGGGAUCCUCAUCCCCAAGAACCUACCCCCCAGAAAAAAGCACCCCAUAAUCGUAAAAUUCCACGGCGGCGGCCUAAUCCUGGAAGAUCUGGCCGAUUUCUGGACAUGGUUGCACGACGGCGGCGUGGAUGAAUUUUUCGCGGCGCAGAAUAUCUGCAUCGAGUUGGACUACGAACACGUCCUUGCGGCCGGGGACUCCGCAGGUGGGUACCUGGCCCUGAUGUCCGGGCUCACGCAGCCAAAAGGGAGGGUAAAAGCUAUACUGGCGCAGUAUCCGAUGACGUACUCCCUGCGGCGGGAAGCUACGCCCAUGCUGCUUGAUAAGCCCUCGCCUCCGCCCGCGGUGGUCGAUGAACAUAUCGCCGCCAUCGUCCCGGGUGCGGUUAUUUCCUCUGCGGUCCCGCCUGCGCGUAUGCACCUCUCCUAUGCGCUGUCUGCCUACGGGCGGUAUUUAGAGUUCUUCGGCGGGGAUAGAGCGUUGUGGCCGCUGUAUUUGGUGGAGGAGGGGGGGUAUCUCCCGCCGACGUGGAUUGUGCAUGGGGGUGCGGAUCAGGUGGUUAGUGUGGGGGAUAGUCGCGCGUUUGUGGAGAAGUGUAGGGUGUGGUUGGAGGGUGGGGAGGUGAGGUUUGAGGUUAGGGAGGGGAUGGGGCAUGGGUUUGAUGGUGGGGUGAGGGAGGAGGGGGAGGAGUGGUUGAGGGAGGGGUUGGGGUGGGUGGAGAGGAUGUGGUGUGGUUGA